AUGACAUUUCUGGUUUGGUGUCGAAAAUAUUUGUUGGAAGGUCAGAAGCUGGACGAGAAAUAUUCGGAGAAAUUGGCGCAUUUUCCCGAGAAUCCGACGAUUUCCGAUUAUUUGCUGAUUAAAUAUCGGAAAUUUGUGGCUGUGUUGAUUCCGUUGUGUUUGGUUCAGGUGAGGAGUUUUUUGCUUUGCUUUGUAUUAAAAUUGGGAAUUUUUUGACACCAAAUAAGCCUGGGGUACUGUGGGGGGUUUUGGCGCGAAAAUUUUGAAUUUUAAAAAUUUCAAAUUGGUAAAACUUUUUGUCUAUCAUUCAAAAAUUUAUUAAAAAUUCUAAAGUAAAUUUUAAUUUCAAAAAAUUUUGAAACAGUGAAAAAAUUUUCUUCACAGGAAUUUCGUAUUCAAAAGUUUGUUGAGAAAUUGAUGCUUCAAAAAAAAUAUAAAAGAUUUUCUAAAAUUAUUUCGUUUUUCCUAGAAAACUGAAUCUCAUUUUUUUUCAAAUAAACUCAGAAAACCCAAAAAAUUUUUAUGAAAAAUGUACUGUUUCAAAAAUUCUUUAAAAUCAAUUUGUAAAAGACUACUUCAUUAUUUUGGCAAAUGCAGUAUGUUUGAAGUCAGAAACAGUGAAUUUUCAAUUUUAAAAUUCACUGUUUCAGAUUUUUUAAAUAUUUUCUUUGUUAUGAAAUAUUUCUCAAAACAAAAAUUUUGAAAAUAAAAUGUGAUAAAAAAUUUUCAAUAGAAAAUUUCACUGUUUCAAAUUUUAUUGAAAUCAUUGAUUUCAAAUCAAAAUGUUAAUGAUUUGUUUUAUGUGCCAUCUGACAAUGAAAUCUGAAAAAAAAAGCUGAUAUGCAUAUUUAUUUUCCCAAAACCAUCAUCCCGUUAUUUUCAGUCAAUCUGGUGGUCAUGCGCAAUAAAUUUCAAUCUUUUCCCAUUAUAUUUGGAUUAUUGGCAUAUGCCUGUCACAAUGCUUUUGGGUUCUUUAAUUGCUGGAAUGACUGCCGAAGGAGCAUCUGCUGUCUCAUUUCCAGUUAUGACACUGAUUUUGCAUUUAUCACCGAUGAUUGCCAGGGAUUUUGCAUUGAUGAUUCAGAGUGUUGGUGGGUUUUUUGUUUGAAAACAAAUUAAUUUUUCAACAAAAAAAAUACGUUUCAAUGUUUUUGCAUUGGACAAGUAAUUUGUUAUGUAAAAAAAAUACGGUUGAAAAAAAUCAAAUCUCAAAAUUUUAGUGAGAAAAAUUCACUGUUUCAAAAAUGUUUGAUUCAGAAAAAAUCCUGAAAAUGAAGAUUCCGUUAGAAACUCUUUGAAUCUAAAAAUUUAACUGAUAAAAAAAGUUGACUAUUGGAAGUUAUUUGAUGAGAUUAUUGAAGAGAUUUCGCUCAAAACAUCAAAAAUUUUAAAUCAGAAAUUCCACUGUUUUAAAUUUAAAAAAAUUACUUGGAAAAAUAUUACUGUUUCAAAAAUGUGUUGGAUUUUUGAAGGUUGAAAAAAAGUGUUCAAAGAAAAUAAAUUUUCUUAAAAAAAUGUACUGUUUCAAAAAUUUUCGAAAAGUAUUUUUAAAUCUCCGAAGGUCAUUAAAUAAGCAAAUGUUGGUCUAGAACUCAGAAACUAGGUUGAAAAGGAGCUUUCAGAGCUCCAAAAAUAUGUCUGAAAGCUUUGAGGCAUCGAGAACUAGGUCUAGAACAAUCUGGUUGCAAUCUAGUAGCCCAUAUCCAAAAAUCUACUGUUUCAAAAUUUUGUUAAAACUUGAAUUAUUUUACUUUUGAAGUUGCAUGGCCAUUCUCUGCAAAUUCCCACCAAAUUUGGUUUUUUGGUCAGCAAAAACCUGUUUAUUAGCAUAAUUUUCUUCACUUUUUCAAUAAGCCUAAUUAUAUGAAUUUAUCACUGUUUCAAUCUAUGUAGAAAUUCAUAAUUUCAUCCCUUGAAAAACAUUUAUUUAUUUCUAAAAUUGUCUAAAUGUCGCUGAAAAAUUGGAUUGGAAAAUAUAUAUUCGAGGGUCAGGUUUUGUCAAAACCUCUCAAAAAUAUGCCAGAAAAUCCCACGAUUUCCGAUUAUUUUUUGAUAAAAUAUCGAAAAUUCGUGGCGGUUUUGAUUCCGUUUCUAUUGGUUCAGGUGGGGAUUUUUUGCUCUAAAAAUUUGAAAAUUAAAAAAAAAAAUUUCUAGUCAAUUUGGUGGUCCUCAGCUAUUCGCUAUAAUAUUUUUCCACUUUUUAUUGAUUAUUGGCAUAUGCCAAUCACAAUGAUAUUCGGGGCUUUAAUUGCUGGAAUGACUGCUGAAGGAGCGGCUGCUGUCUCAUUUCCAGUUAUGACUUUAAUUCUCAAAUUGACACCUGAAAUUGCUAGGGAUUUUUCAUUGAUGACACAGUCUAUUGGUAAGAAAUUGGAGGGGUUUUCUUGAUGUACUUCACGUUAGUCAGCAGAAAAAUCGAGAAUCUUCAAAAUUAGAAAAUAACUUGAAACAGUAGAUUUUGGAACAGAUAAGUAUUUAUUCAUUUUUAGAGUUCCCAAAAUAUUCCCAAAUUUUGACGAAAAUUUGAAACAGUGAAUUUUUUGGGAUAACAAUUUGAGAGGUUUUUUUCUACCUUUUUUAAUAAAAUCCCGAUUGGGUGGUUAAAUUUUAAAAUCGCAAUCAUCCAAUAAUCUCAUAAAAGUCCAAUUCUUAUCAAAUUUUUUUGAAACAGUAUAUUUUUUGAAAAAAAUGUGAAACAGUGGAAUUUUUAGAUUUUUUCAGCCAAUUUAUUUUGAAACGUAGAUUUUUCUUGAAAAAUCUUCAAUCUUUCAAAAUUUUCGUUGAGUUUGUUUUUUUGAGUUCAAAAAUUAAUACCCCCGUUUUGCACUCAGUACACCGUGUUCUGUGUCUGGGGUUUUUUUUGGUUUAAUCGUUUUGUUUGGGUAAUAAUCCGCAGAUUUCUCUUUGAUCUAUGAAUUGUUUGAAACAAAAAGUGAAAAUGAGAUUUGUGUUGCAAUUUUGAGUAAGGGGACUUUUUGGGGAAUUAGCAUUAGAAGCUUUCGAAAUAUCAAUCAGACAGAUUUUUAAUUGAAAGAUUACAAAAUGUUGAAACAGUUAAUUUUCUAGAACAAAAAUAAAGUUACAUUUGAAAACUAAAUUUUUGAAACAGUAAUUGUUUCUAGAAACAUAACACCAAAAAUGCAAUCAAUAUCUCAAGAUUUCGAAAAUUUUGUAACUAAAUUGAAACAGUGAUUUUUUCAAGUUGAUAAAUUUUUUAGCAGUACCAGUAUAUAUCAAAAUAUUAUUUUACCGUGAAAAUUAGUAGAAAUUUUUGAAACCGUGAUUUUUUGGAGACUUUUCUUGUUGAUUUUAAUAUUCAUCCUUUUAUGAAUAGGCUUUUUCAGAUCGUCAAAAAUAUAUACAACUUGAAACAGUAAAUUUUCUUAUAAAAACAUUUUGCGAAAAUCUUGAAAUCAUGCAUAUUUUAACAACUGUAUUUAGUCAUCCGAAAAAUAUAUAAAUAUUGAAACAGUGAAAAUUAACUUGGAUAAAUUAUGACUGUGCAAUAUUUUCUGUUGAAAUUUUUUGAAUCUCAUAAUUUUUUUGAAACAGUAAAAUUAUAUUAGAAAAAGUGAUAGAAUAAUAAUAUCAUCAAAGUUUAUGUUUAUCAUAUUUAAUUUGGGAGAAUUUCGAAGCAGUGAAAAUUAUUUUGAAUUUUUUUUGGAUAAUAAAGUCAGUCAAUCUCCCUCCAAACGCCCUCAGAAUAUUAUGAAAUUUUCGAAACAGUGAAUUUUUUUAAUUGAACAUUUUUUUAAUCAUUAAACAUUAAUCCAGAAACAUUCCGAAAUCUCAUACAAAAUUUUUGAAACAGUAAUUUUUUUGUUGUUGCAGGAAUGACAUCUUCUCUGGUUUGUGUGAUUUUCAUGAAAGUCAAAUUUGAAGCUCGCGCUGUGGUUUUUGGAAUUAUUGGAGCAUUUCCAGGAUUCGUUUUUGGAAUUUAUUGUGUGAGUUUUUAUUCAAAAAAUUGUUGCUCCAAGAUGAAUUUCCUCCAAAAAAUGCACAUUUUUUUCCAGUUUGACCCACUUUUCACCGGCUCCCAAAAGAAAAUGAUGUUUGUCUCAAUCUGGACCGCUUUCGCAUUCGCUUUGGCCCUUUUAAAUUCACAGAAAAAACGAUCGACGUUCAUGGAAAUCCAGGAAUUUGGCGCCACAAAAAUUGUGAUUCUAAUGUUUGUUGGUUUUAUUGGCGGAGUUUUCGACUCGUUUGCCGGAAGUGGAAUUGAUAUUUGUAUAUUCUCGGUGAUUACACUGUAUUUUAGAGUUAGUGAGAAGAUUGCCACACCGACUACGAUGAUUUUGAAAGGUGGGCGGGGUUUUUUUGGAGGGGAAUUUUGCAAACCUCACCCAAGAACCUGGAGAUGUGGGUAAAAAAUUGCCCACCUAGUAAAAAAAUUUUGCCCACCCAGGUUUUUCGAAAAAAAAUUGCCCACCUGGAAUUCCAGGUCUUGGGUGAGGUUUGGGAAUUUUGAUGCGGAAAUCUUGGUCUUAAUAUAGUUUUGUGAAAUUUUCCCGAAAUUUAUACUUUUUGAAACAGUGAACAUUUUUAAUACAAAAAAAUUUCAACAAAUUGGAAAGAAGAAUUGAAUUUUGUUCUGAAACAGUGAAAUUAUUGAAGAAAAAAAUUUUCUGGGUGGUUUACUGGCAAUAAGCCUAAGCUUAAAGAAAAUUUAUAAAUUCCAAAAAUAUAGAGAAAAUAAUACUAAAAUAGAUUUGCUUCUUCUGAAAAUGAGGAAAUUUUGAAACAGUAAAAAAUGAAACCCAAAAAAAAAAAAUCCAAAUUUUCUGUUCAUUUCCAGGUGUCGUCUCAUUAUUCGGUUUCUAUUAUCGUGCAGUUCUACAGGGUGACAUCUCUCCAAUUUCAUGGAACUAUUUCAUUUGUUGUGUUCCUGUUGCUUCUUUGAUGGCACCGUUGGGCAGUUUUUUGGGAUCGCAUUUGCAUCGACAAAUUGUUGCCGGACUGAUUUAUGUGCUGGAGGUUUUGUCGCUCAUCGGAUUUUAUUUGACAAAUCCAGGAUGGCCACUUUUGAUUGCGUCUGGUGAGUUUUGGGGGGGGGGGGGGUGGGGUGAGUGCGAAAAUUCCACGUGGGAAAUUAAAAUUUAAAAAUUAUAUAUUUUGGCGCCAAAAAUACCCGCUGGAAAGUUCGAAUUUUCUUCAGAAAAUGCAUGUUUUAGUUAGAGCGCACUUGCUCAAUUUUCUCUCUUUUUUCUCUCUUGAAAACUACACGAUUUUAUCACAAAAAAAGUCAGCUAAAAAUUUGAAUUUUCUUGAAAAACGCCGUGUGUUCGUUAGAGCGCACUUGCUCAAUUUCAACGUUUUUCUCAUUUUUUUCCUGCAUAUCAUUGCAUAUGAUUUCAACAAAAUUGUACGUCUUACUACAAAAAGCACAUUUUCGUCAUCAAAAAGUGUAUAUGUUGUCCUUUUUUUUCCAGGCGUGAUAAUCGCAUUUGGUUUCGCAUUUUUCUACAUAAUCUCAAAACUUGGCGAAAAACAAAUGGCUCAAAUUGAAGAACGCCAAAAACCACAAAAAAUUGCCACAAUUUCGAAUCAAGUUUGA